UAAGUGCUUUGUCCUCCUUCUCACUUCAACCACAAUACAGAGAAAAAAGCUUCAAUAUCCGAAAUGGCUUUCCACCUACGAUCGAUAAGUUUGCCUUCAAGGCCUCAGGCCAACGAGGCCGAAGUCGAGCAGGAGCUGCUGAGCCUAGGGGCAAGCAUAUCUUCCUCCAACACCACCAGCACGACAUGUGAUGGUCUUAGGAGGCUUGGAGACAUCUACAAUGGUAUUGAAGAGAUUGUUGGCCUGCCAAGCAACCAAGUCGGGAAGAUGUUGGAUGGAGAGAUGGAAUGUUCUCUUGAGCUGUUGGAUCUCUGCAGCACCAUGCAAGAGAUCUUCAUGGAGAUGAAGGCCAUCAUUCAAGAGUUGCAAGUGGCUCUAAGAAAAGGAGAUGAUGUAGCUGCUCAAGCCAAGAUCCAGUCUUAUUCUCGAUUGGCGAAGAAGGCCCAGAAAUAUUUCAAGAAGACCGCGAAGAAGGCUACUUCUGUGGGUUGCAGGAUGGUCAUGCUAUUGACCAAGGCUAGAGAGAUAUCUGUAUCUCUGCUGGAGUCUUCAGUCCAUCUCUUGUCGAAGGAAAUCAAUAUGCCUAAACAGUCUCUUGUCUCCAAAGCAUUUCACAAGAAGAAGGCGAUUGUUUGCGAGGAGGAGCAAUUGCAGGCGAUAGAGUGCAGUAUUGGAGAUCUUGAGAAUGGGACAGGACAUCUGUUCAGGAAAUUAGUCCAGAUCAGGGUUUCUCUCCUGAACAUUCUUAGCUCAUAGAUCACUCCGCACCACUCUUGGCACAUUGUGAUUGGCAUCCGCCUUUUUGAGGACUAGCUGAUCUUGGUACAAUUUUCCCAAGAUGUAAUUAUGUAUAUAAUACAAAUGUACAGAAGUUAAA